UUCUAAUUAAUGGCUCUAGUUCCACACCCGGAAAGCCGCCUCCUAAAACAUAUAAAACACACACACAAACACACAAUUAAUGGUUCCUGUAGAAUGAAUGUUAGCUUAUAAAAAUUAGCGAGUUCAAUUUGAAAGAAGAUAGAGUAAAACUGUAAAUAGAAAACAAUGAUCACCAAUACAAGAUCAACAAAGUCUACAAACAUGAAGAGUGUCCAUUGUUGAAGAUCCGCAUAGACCUAGUAUGGAUGUAGAGGAUCGUCGACGAUACUUUAUUAUAGCAUCAGUAAUUCUUGAGAUUGUUCAACCACUGUUAAGAUCCAGAUUAGAAAAUGACUACAAAGGUAAAGGCCAGGGGUCAUUACAAGCUUUUCUAAGCACUCAACCAAUAAUACACAUACUGUUUCACUUACGGCACAGAAAUGCAUACUGCUGCAAGGACAAAAUCAACUGUCGCAAUAACUCAAAACUCCCAUUGAUUUACUGUCAGUGGGAUCUGCUGUACACUGAGAAUUCAGGCCAAUCUGGCCACAACUGUCAUUGCAAGUUUAUAGCAAACCAAGUCCAGUUAUAUGAGCUAGAUAUAACUUUAGCAAGUUUAAUUUUAUUGAAGUGCUGCCAUCUUGGACCAGCUGAAGAAAAUGCUGUACGCAAAUUACGUCGCUUCAAGGAUGAGUAUCUCAGUCACAAUAUUGAAGGUAAAAUAACUGAGACAGAAUAUAAAAGCCUGUGGACAGACCUGACUUAUUUUGUCCUACAGCUAGAUCCAAAUAAACAAGAUGACCUCAUUAGGAUAGAGAACAGACCAAUUGAUGAAGGACUGUGUAGCAGAUACAGCACAGAUCUUUUGAAUAUUCACAAAAAACUCAAUGAGAUGGACACUCAAAUUCAGGAAAUUGGUUCUGCUGUGCAGGAACUAUUGAGUUAUCACAGAAACAUAAGAAAUGAAGCCAUAUGUCAGUACUGCAAGAAAAACUUUAUCGAACAAGGCAUGGAGGAAAGAAAAAUAAAUUCUUACAAACUUGGACAAGAUAUAUUUUAUCUACAUCAUCAGUUCAAUCUGAAGUCAGUACUCAAUAUAGGCUUGAUAGGAGAGAUAACCGAUGUAGCAUUGAUGGAUGAUGGUAGACUGGUGAUGUGCUUGACCGACCAGUGCAGACUACUAAUCUGUAAUAUAGAUGGAUCACAGGUAGGAACCAUACCAUGUUGUGUUACAGCUAUCAACAACUCUACAUUGGCUGUUACAGUGUAUUAUCCUGUCGGCAAUCAUGGUAUAGAGAUCUAUGACGUUAACAAUAAACACAAACUGAAAUACAUACCAGUACCUAGAAUGGUGUAUAUUUUUGACAUUACAAUGAUAAAUGACAAAUUAGUAGUCGGCGCUGACAGUGGACUAGUAGUUGUUGAUUAUCAGAAAGGAGAGAUAGUACAGAAUAUAGGAACAAACUGCCAACCAUGGGAGAUAUAUGCUUCCGAUAACAGAAUUUUUUACAGAGAAUACAUGCAAAGUAACAAAAUCCUAUACUGGUACAGCUUUAUCGAUGACAAAAUGCAUACAUUAACAUUUGCAUCUAUACCAUGUUCAAUGACUUCACUAGGCGAUGGUAGUCUGUAUGUUAUCUGUACAGAUGGAUGUAUACAACAUGUAUCAUCUAAUGGGAAACAGUUCAGAACUUUAAAAACAAAUCAAUCCCAAUUCUUCAAUGAUUGUCCCUAUAUACGAUACAAUUCAAAACAGAAAAUAAUGGUCACAUACAAUGUCAAAACUGAAAAUGCCCAAAUACUUCAGGAAAUUGAAGUAUGAAAUAUGAAACUUCCGCAACUUUAAAAUGGAAUCAAAUAAUGGUAACAGAAUCAAUGUUUUGAAUAAAUGCAUGUCACUUUACAACUUCGUAAUAAACUGUUUGUUUCAGUAAAAACAUUUUUAUAUAGCUUUUGUAUCAAUCAAACAUUUGUUUGGCAGUCUUGUCAUUAGAUCUUAACUAUUAAAGCUUCUAUAUUGAUGCCAACAA